AUUAUAUUGUUAGGUCACAAAACGAGUAUUAACAAAUUUGAGAAGAUUGAAAUCAUACUGUAACAAAUUUGAGAAGAUUGAAAUCAUACUGACCAUCUCAUCUCAUUUUCCUACCAAAAUGGUAUGAAACUAGAAAUCAGUAACAGGAGGGCGAAAACAAAGGGAACAGAAACCAAUGAAAUAGAAAACAAAUGGACAACAGAGAAAAUUCACAAAUGUGUGGAAAUUAAACAACACACUCCUUUUUGUUUUGUUUAUGGUUUCCUUUUCUGUGCAAAACUCUUAAGUUUAAUUAGGUCCCGUUUGCUUAAUUUUGUUUUUAUUUUCAUUACUCAAGGAGAUGGCUUGAAAAAGAUAUUGCUGCAAUUUAUGUCAAAGAAUGUUCUGCCUAUGUUUUUCUCUAAGAAUUUUAUAGUAUCUGGCCUUACAUUUAGGUCUUUAAUCCAUUUGAGUUUAUUUUUGUAUAUGGUGUUAGGGAGUAUUCUAAACAACACACUCCUGAACAAACAAAGAGUCACAGAAGAAAUCAAAAGGGAAAUUUAAAAAAAUUCCUUGAGACAAACAAAAAUGAAAACACACUAUACCAAAUCUUACAGAUGUAGCAAAAGCAGUUCUAAGAGGAAAACGUAUGUAUAGUGAUAAAUGUCUACAUUAAGAAAAAAAAGAUUUCAAAUAAACAACCUAACUUUACACCUCAAAGAACUAGAAAAAAAAAACUAAGCCUAAAAGUUAGUAGAAGGAAGGAAAUAACAAAGAUCAGAGCAGAAAUAAAUGAAAUAAGAGACGAGAAAGUCAAUAGAAAAGGUCAAUGAAACUAAGAUCUGAUUUUUUAAAAAACAUAAACAUGGAGAGUUGGAAAGAUGGCGGAGGAAGAGCCAAGAAAAAAGAUCCCUUUGGUUCCAGAAAAUCUCCUGAAAAAGAGGAAGGCUUAUCAGGCCCUGAAAGCCACCCAGGCAAAGCAGGCGCUUUUGCAAAGGAAGGAGCAGAGGAAAGGAAAAGAGAUCAAGUUUAAGCGACUAGAAUGGUUCCUACAUGAUUCCUGGCAGCAACUACGUGACAAGGUGCGACUCAGACGACUAGAAGUGAAACCUCAUGGCUUGGAAGUGCCAUAUAAACAUUCCUUGGCCUUUGUUUUAUGCAUCGAAAGGAUUAAUGGGGUGAGUUUACUGGUGCAGAGGACCAUUGCAAGACUUCGCCUGAAUAAGAUUUUCAGUGGUGUCUUUAUGCAAGUAACUCCUCAAACCAUAAAAACGCUUCGUAUAGUGGAACCUUAUGUGACCUGGGGAUUUCCAAAUUUGAAGUCAGUUCAGGAACUCAUCUUGAAACGUGGACAAGCCAAGGUCAAGAAUAAAAUCAUCCCUUUGACAGACAACACAGUGAUUGAGGAGCACCUGGGGAAGUUUGGUGUAAUUUGCUUGGAAGACCUCAUUCAUGAAAUUGCCUUUCUGGGGAAGAAUUUUCAUGUGAUCUCAGGGUUCUCGCGCCCUUUCCAACUCUCAGUGGCCCGUCACGCUACCAAGAAUAGAGUGGGCUUCCUCAAGGAAGUGGGCUCACCUGGCUAUCGAGGUGAAUGCAUCAAUCAGCUUAUCCAGCAGCUGAACUAAACCCAGCAUAUCUGAAAGCACAGUGCCUUGGAAGCAUGUGUUUUUGUUUUAUGGAAUUGUUACCCAGUAUCUUCAAGCAAGAUUAUUUUCUGCUGUAUCUUCAGAAACUGGAGGGAAAGGGUCAGGGAAAAGAUGGUGAUGUUCAGGGCAGGCACUUUUCAUCCCACUUCAGUUCCAAGAAAAAGUUCCUGUGUGUUUUCUGCAAAGACCGCCGUCCACCUCUGAAACCAGCAAAGGACUUGUGUCAUGGAGGAGAGAGUCCUGUUUUAUCACACCUAUCCUGGGACUUCAUGUUGGUGAAUGAGCAAAUACCCACAUAUGAAUACAAGACAGCAGUGGACCAGGCCCAGGGACAUAUUGAACCUGGGGUAUCCAAGGGCCUUGUUUUAGAAAGAACUUGAAAUACAAUUAGAAAGAAGCACACAAAAACAAAAACAAAAACGAACAAACAAAAAAAAAACAUAAACAUGGACACACAUUUAGCUAGACGAAGAAUAAGAGAGGACUCAAAUAAAUAGAAAUGAAAGAAGAUAUUCCAACUGCACCACAGAAAUACAAAGCAUCAUAAGAGAUUACUGUGAACAAUUGUAUGUUAACAAAUUUUAUAACCUUGAAUAAAUGGAUAAAUCCCUGGCACAUAUAACCUACCAAGAUGGAAUCAUGAAGUAAUAGAAAAUCUGAACAGACUAACAAGUAGGAGAUUGAAUCAGUAUCAAAAACCUCCCAACAAAGAAAAGCCCAGGACCUACAGUCUUUACUGGUGAAUUCUACUAAAUAUAUAAAGAAUAAUUAAUACCAACCCUUCUCAAACUUUCAAAAUAUUGAAGAUCAGGGAACACUUUCAAACUUAUUUUAUGAGACCAGCAUUACACUGAUACCAAAGCCUUGCUGGACACUACAAGAAAAGAAAAACUACAGGCCAAUAUCCCUAAAGGAUAUAUGAAUAUGAACCAAGGAUGGUUCAUUCAACAUGCUCUAAUCAAUCAAUGAGAUGCAUCACAUUAACAGAAUGAAGGGUAAAAAUCAUAGAAUCAUCUCAAUACGUGCAGAAAAAGAAUUUGACAAAAUUCAAUGUCCUUUCAUGAUUAAAAACUCUCAAUAAUAAGGCAUAGAAAUAAUGUACCUCAACAUAAUAAAGGCCAUACAUGACAAGCCUACAGCCAACAUCAUACUCAACAGUGAAAAUCUGAAAGCUUUUUCUGUAACAUUAGGAAAAAGACAGGAAUUUCCACUCUCACCACUUCUAUUCAACAUAGUACUAGCUAGAGUAAUUAGGCAACAAAAAGAAAUAAAAGGUAUCCAAGUUCUUAAAGAAGAAGUAAAAAUGUCUGUAUACAAAUGACAUGAUUCUAUAUAUAGAAAACCCUAGACUCCACCAAAAAAAAAAAAAGUUAGAACUAAUACAUGAAUUCAAUGAGGUUGAAGGAUACAAAAUCAAUAUACAAAAAUCAGUUGCUUUUCUAUAUGUUAACAAAUUAUCAGAAGUAGAAAUUUAAAAAACAAUUCUAUUUACAAUAGCAUUAAAAACAAUAUUUAAGAAUAAAUUUAACCAAGAAGAUGAAAGAUAUAUAUGCUGAAAGCUAUAAGACAGUGAUGUAAAAAUUGAGGGAGACACAAAUGAAUGGAAGGAUAGCCCAUGAUUAUGGACUGGAAGAAUUAAUAUUGUUAAAAUGUCCAUACCACCAAAGACAAUCUGCAGAUUAAGUGCAAUCCCUAUCAAAAUUCCAAUGGCAUUUUUCACAGAAAUAGAAAAAACAAUCCUAAAAUUUGCUUGGAAUCAUAAAAGAAUCUGAAUAGCCAAAGCAGUCUUGAGAAAGAAGAACAAAGUUGGAGGCAUCACAAUUCCUGAUUUCAAAGUACUGUAUUACAAAUUUAUAGUAGACACAGACCAAUGGAACAGAUUUGAGAGCCUUUUAUAAACCUUGAUUUUGUCAAGAGUACCAAGAAUACUUAAUGAGAAAAGGAUAGUCUCUUCAAUAAUGGUGUUUGGAAAACUGGAUAUCUACAUGCAAGAGAAUCAAACUGGACCCCUAUUUUAUAACAUUCACAAAAGUUAACUCAAAAUGGAUAAAAGACUUAGAAUGUAAGACCUGAAACUGUAAAACUCCUAGAGGAAAACAUAGGUAAAAAGCUCCUUGAUGUUGGUCUUAGCAAUGAUUAUUUUAUAUGACACCCAAAACCUCAGGCAACAAAGCAAAAGUAGACACCUGGGACUACAUCAAAUUAAACAGUGUCUGUACAGCAAAGGAAACAAAAUGAAAAGGCAACCUAUAGAAUGGUAGAAAAUAUUUGUAAACAAUAUAUCUGAUGGGUUAAUAUCCAAAAUAUAUAAAGAACUUGUGCAACUCAAUAGCAAAGAAACAAAUAAUUCAAUUUUAAAAUGGGCAGAAUAGACAUUUUUCCAGAGCAGACAUACAAAUGGCCAACAGGUACACAAAAAGUGCUCAACAUCACUAAUCACCAGGGAAAUGCAAAUCAAAACUACAAUGAGAUAUCACCUCACACCUGCUAAGAUGGCUUUUAUUAAAAAGACAACAGAUAACAAGUGUUGUCCAGGCUGUGGAGAAAUUGUGCACUGUUGGUAGGAAUGUAAGCUGGUACAGCCAUUAUGGAAAUCAGUAUAGAGGUUCCUCAAAAAAAUUUAAAAUAGAGCCGUAUGAUCCAACAAUCCCACAUUUGGGAAUAUAUCUGAAGUAAGUGAAAUCAGACUCUCAAAGAGAUAUUUGCACUCCUAUGUUUAUUGUAGCAUUAUUCACAAUAGCCAAGAUAUAAAAGCAAACUAAAUGUAAGGAAGAUGUGAAAGAAAAUACACAUACACAAAAAACAUUAUUCAGCCAUGAGAAAAAAGAAAAUCCUGCCAUUUGCAACAGCAUGUGUGAAACUAGAGGACGUUAUGCUAAGUGAAAUUAGGCAGACAAAGAAAGAUAAAUACCGCAUGAUCUCACUUAUCUGUGGAAUUAAAAAAAAAAUUAAACUCAGAGAAUAGAAUGGUGGUUACUAGGGGCUGGGGAGUGAAGGAGGUGGGAAGAUUCCAGUCAAAGGGUACAACAAGUCUUCAGUUGUAAGAUGGAUAAGCUCUGGGAAUCUAGUGUACAGCAUGGUGACUAUAGUUAAUGUGUGUGUACUCUAGAUUUUUGAAGAGUAGACCUUAGGCAUUGUCUCUACAAAAAACAGUGACUGUGAGGAGAUGGAUGUAUUAAAUAACCUGAUUUCACACAGUAUACUAUGUCAAAUCAUCAUGUGGUACCCUGUUAAUAGAUAAAAUUUUAUUGGUCAAUUAUUCCUCAGUAAAGCUGAGAAAAUAUUGCAAACAUUUUCAUCAUCUCAACACCCUUGAUACCAAUUAGCUAUCAUCCCCUAUCUUCCCAUCCCUCCCCCAACCCCAGCCCUAAACAACCACUGAUCUACUUUCUAUCUGUACCGAUUUCUCUAUUCUGGACUUUCAUAUGAAUGGAAUCAUAACAUAUGUGAACUUUUGUGUCUGGUUUCUUUCACUUAGCAUAAUGUUUUCAAGGUAUAUCCAAGGUGUAGCAUAUAUCAGCACUUCAUUCCUCUUUAGAGCUGAGUAAUAUUUUGUUUUAUCCUUUAGUCCAUUGAUGGACAUUUGGGUUGUUUCCACUUUGGGCUAUUAUGAAUAAUGCUGAUAUAAGCAUUUGUGUACAAGUUUUUGUGUUUUCAUUUCUCUUCUUAUAUACCCAGGAAUGGAACUAUUGGGUCUUUUGGUAACUCUAGGUUUAAUCAUUUGAGGAACUGCCAUUAAACAGACUAUUUUUCAAAGCAUCUGCACUUUUACAUUCCCAUCAGCAAUGUAUGAGGGUUCUGAUUUCUCUACAUUAUCUUUUUGAUCAUAACUCUCCUAAUGGGUGGGAAGUGGUAUUUGAUGAUGGUUUUUCUUUGGGGUGGGUUUACUUUUAUAUAUUUUUAGAUGAGCCUUCUGAUACUUGGAAUUUGAGUGUCCUUACUGUUAAAAUCAGUCUCACAGAGGCUCUGUUUCUUAUAUGUGAAAUAGGAAAUGACAAUAACUUUCUUCUAGAGUGGUUUUCCCGCUUUUUAAAUUAUAGUAAAAUAUAAAUAAAAUUACUAUAUUUAAGUGUGCAGUUCAGUGGCAUUAAGUACAUUCACGGUGUUGUGCAACCACCACUACCGUCCAUCUUCAAAACUUUUUCAUCUUCCUCGAGGGAAACUCUUUAUCCAUUCAACACUAACUCCCCAUAUUCACCAACCUGCCCCACUCCCACCCCAAGUGCCUGGUCGCCACCAUAAUGCUACUAUGAACAUGGGUGUACAAAUAUCUGUUCUGAGUCCCUGCUUUAAAUUCUUUUGGGUGUAUACCCCAAAGUGGAAUUCCUAGAUUAUGUGGUAAUUUUAUGUUUGAUUUUUUGAGGAACCACCAUACUGUUUUCUACAGUGGCUGUACCAUUUUACAUUCCCACCAGCAAUUACACAAGGGUUCCAGUUUCUCCACAUCCUCAUCAGCACUUGUUAUUUCCCCUUUUUCUUUUUUUCAAUAGUAGCAUUCUAAUGGAUGUGAAGUGGUAUUGUGGUUUUGAUUUGUAUUUCCCUAAUGAUUAGUGAUGUUGGGCAUCUUUUCAUGUGUUUAUUGGCCAUUUGUAUAUCUUUGGAGAAAUGUCUAUUCAAGUACUGUGCCCAUUUUUGAAUUAGGUUGUUUGAUUUUGUUGUUAAGUUGUAGAUGCUUUUUAUAAAUACUGGAUAUCAAUCCCUUAUCAGAUAUAUGAUUUGCAAAUAUCUUCUGCCAUUCCAUGGUUGCCUUUUCACUAUUGAUAGUAUCCUUUGAUGCA